UUUACAAAUGUCAGAUACUUGAAAGGGCGAGGAGGCCGAUUUCGCGAUAUCGCGUUAAAAUUGUAUAAAAAAAAAUAGUAACCAUAAUAAUGUUAUCAGUGAUGCUCGGAGUCAUGGCGUACACCCGCCAAAUCCGCCCAGUACUUUUAAUAUAACGUUACAUAUACAAUCCUUCUGUAUGAGCGAUAUUGUUUUUACUUCGUUUUCGGGAUGUUGAAGUUCAAAAAAAUGGGUUCGGAUAAAGUGCCGUUGUUACUUGUGACCGCUAACGUCGGAUCUAUAUUCGAGGACCCAUUUGUUAUGCUCCCAAUAUGGACAUCGGAGUUCCUUCAAGCAGUUUCCCGCAUGGACCCAAAGUUUAUAGCGCUUCAUUUACAAGAAGUCGGCGGUAAAGCAUACGAGAAGUCGAUGCAAUAUGUCCAAGAUUUUGUCCAAAGACUCUGUGACUGUCCAGAACUACGACUCUACGACAAGAUCAGGAUAUUCUUAGAUGAAGAUUUUAGCUCUCCAGAAAAAUUUACGGCUUUAGGCAACUUGUACUUCGCGCAUUCCACUCUGACAGAUCUCAAGAUGUGGGACUUCGAGCUGAAGUCUUACGUCGAUGUGGUGGGGAAGGAGGUGAAUAGUGGGAACAUUGAGAAGGUUACGACGAAGGAAAAGGCAAAGUUUCCUCAACAUUUCUUUCCCGAAUGCAAGUGGUCUCGGAAAGGAUUCCUCAGGACGCGAUGGUCUAUCCGUGGUACAGCGAUCGAGUUCGUUAAUAUACAUCUUUUUCACGAUGCGUCGAAUCUGUUGGCUAUGGAGCCUUUUCCUUCGGUAUAUUGUCGAAGUCGAAGACGUGCGUUACGACACACUCUCCGUCAUUUACACUCAGAUGUGAACGCCGCACCAUACUUUAUAUUCGGAGACUUCAAUUUUAGGACGGAUACAGGAGCUGUAGUUAAGAAAGUAACAGAAGAACUGGCAUCAUGUCGACUACAAAACGGUGCCAACGUCGACUCGUCCAAACUGCAAUACCGAUCCAAGUCCGACGAUCGCAUAGUACUUACUGUUGGCAAGAAGGAGUUCGCCCAUGUCGACCAUCAGAAGAUAUUCAGGGAACCUUGGUUACAAAAAUUCGAUCGCGAGCUGGAAUCACUUCGAUCUCAUUUGUUCGAAUUUCCCGUAAAAUUCCCCCCUACUUACCCCUUCGAAGAGGACGUGCAUCUCCCCACACACUAUAUGAAAACCAGGUGCCCCGCGUGGUGCGACCGCGUGCUGCUGUCGCAGUCGGCGCGCCUGCUGCUGCAGCCCGACGCCAGGCACAGCUCCAGGAAGUCAGUGGCUGACUCGGAUAGCGGCAGCGGUCGGAUAUCGUCGUCCGACAGCAGCCCGGCUCGCUCCGGCUCGCCGGCGCGACAGAACAGUCAGAACAAACAGAUGAGUCCCGGCAAGACGCUGGAGAAGAAGAGCAGCGCGUCGGAGCUGGAGGUGCUGGGCGUGCCCGCCGUGGUCGGCCGCAAGAGCAUCGCCGACCCCACCGCGCUGCAGCACGCCAUCAACGCGCGAGUAUCGGAUUCUGAUGUUUCUCCUGGUCGUCGUAAGUUAGUGAGGAACCAAUCAGAAGGUUCGCCUAAAUCCGGCGAAACAUCCGCUGAACUCAGACGACUAGUAGAUGCGCCCACCCGUCGUAGAAGCGAAUACGGCGUGAUAGGAGACGCAGCCUGCAUGGGUGACCAUAAGCCGAUUUAUCUCCGCGUGAUGCUGCAAAGCGAUCGAGGUAUCGUACAGUGUUGUGAGAGUAUGUCUUGUGCCUUGUGCGCUUGCGCAGCUAGAAUGACCCCAACGCAGAGAAUUCCCCGCCUACCUACAGAUCCCGAUUUGUACACUAAAAAAUUAAAAAAUAUUGAAUAUUCUACGAGCCAUCCCGACAAACUACUAUCCGACGACCAAAGGCUCAAACGCACCCGAACCGGCUCCCUGAACGAAAAGACAUCUGGAAUACCAUUCGUCGAAAUCACUAGCGCUGACUAUUCCAGCUGCGAUGGCAUUUUCGUUAACGAUAUCGAUACAACACUACUGAGUCCCACCAAAUUUCUCGACCCGUACACACCAGAGAGUGUAGAAUCUCACACACCGAACGCGGACACGUCGAACGGUUCCGAUGAUUUGACGGAAAUAAUCGAUAUCGUGGGACCGAAUAUCGAUAUCAAAUCGAAUAAAUUGACGAGGGACAGAAGCGUAUCGCCGUCCCAAUUGAAAUCCAGGCUGGACAUGCUAUUGAGUGGGAAUGACGAGAAAGAGAAGGGCAGGAUGUGUGACGAAGGUGUUCCCGAGCUGCAAAGGCUGAAUAGUCGCGAGUCUUGCAAGUCGGAUGGUAGUAAAAAGUGCGGGCUCUGCUGUUUCGCCUUGAAAUGUUACGGGUUCUGUAGGCGGAGGGCGCGGACGGUGACCUGUGACUGUAGUGGCUUGAAAUGUUGCACCUCAUGACGCAUUGACGAACACCCACACGUCGUACGCUUUCGUUGGAAUUUAUGUCAAUUUUUUGACAGAUCGAAAUUUGAAUUUGACAUUACAUUACACAGACCAAUAAAAACAUUUAUAAUUCGAAAUCAAAGUUAAAUUUUGGACGAUACAAAUUUAAAUUUCGAUUGUUGUUUUUUUUUUUUUUUUUCGAUUAACGAAGGCCGUUUUUGCUGAAAUUGUAUUUUGAUGUAGCACUUAAUUAGUUACCUUUAUUGUUACAAGUGGUAGUGUACCAUUUUUAUUUUAUUUGACGCUUACUUAAAAGUAUGAAGUUCCGAAGCAUGAUUGUUUACAAUAGUAUUAAUUAUAUUAUGAAGCAUGCAUUAUGUUGCAAUAUUAGAUUUGAGUAAUAAGUAUGUUAGAUUUAUCGUUGACUCCUAUUUAGAAUAUAACGACAGCGCGGCUGUUAAUAACUUAAUUAACCAAUUAUUAAUAAUAGCAACGUACAUAAUAGUUGUAAGUUCAGCUGUGCUAUUUAAAAUGAAACUUUUUAUACCAAAAGUGCAAGUUUUAUACCAAAUGGUCUAUUAAUCUAGUCUAGUUCUGCUCAAGUGGUUCUUAUAUAUAAUAGUUUGACAUGUCUGAUCGUUUCUAACACAUGAUGUGCGAUAAGGACAGUUGUACAUACGUUUCACCAAAUAUAUAUUCAAUGCAAAAAUUAAGGGAUAUUCAUAUAAUACAUCGUAAUAAAAAAAAUUAUGGUUAGCUGGAAAGGUUAGUCCUUACCAAGAAUAUGAUUAGAAGUUUAAAUACAAAAUAUUAUUUAAUUCAUUCAUUCAUUCAUUCAAAUCAUAAAAGUAAACAGUUUCGAAUGUAGAUUCUACUGAGAAAAACCGGCAAAACACUAGAAAAACUCAAUAGUUGAUUCCACUAAUUUAUGUGUAUGUUAAUUAAAAUGGCGCAAGGAGUACAUGAGACAACUCAUGAUACACGGGAUGUCUAAUACAGUGUGUUGUUUUUUAUGUCAUUUUUCUGAAACAAAAAAAAAAUUCUAGAAAUCUUUUACGGUACACAUUUGAUACAAUUAAAUAUUGAACCAGCAUGGCUUCGAAAUGAUUCUACAGAGACCGUUAAUAAAAUAUCACAGUUUUUUCGAUAGAAUCGUAUUGACGAGUAUUCUAUGAAUAACCUUUAACAAUGUUUUCAAUAUGGUUUAUUAUUUUAGAAUUGAUUCCAAAUAUACUUCUAUACUACAAAUAUUUUAAAAUAAAAAUUCGUGAGGUGUGAUAAGGAUCGUGGCACACCCAGUUGGAACGAAGUUGCUUUCGAUAUAUAUUGUGCAUUCAAAGUUUGAGAAUAUGUGAAUGACAAAAAAAAUGUUAUUAGAAAAAAAAUAUAUAUACAAUAGAAACAGGUUACGAAUUACGAUUUCUGUCAGUUCACUCUACUGUUAAAAUGAAAGAACUUCGUUUCAAAAAUAGGAUAAAAUUAUAUAUAUAUAUAUAUAAUUAAAUGAAUAAACCAAAUUAUAACUUUUUAAUCUUGACGCUUUUUUAACACUAAGACUCCGUCUUAUUUAUACUUUCGAUUGUGUUGAUUUAGUAAUGAAUUCUAUAUUAUUAGGCAGCUUGUGAAAACUGUUUUAUAAAUGAAUACUUUACGAAGCAACGAGUUCCUGUUUUAAUUUCUAAGUCGACAUUAUCGAAAUGAUACGAUUGUGUGUAAUGAAAUCUUGUCACGUGGUGCUUUACAAUUGAAAAUAAACAUUCCCCACUGAA